GUAAACUUCACAUUGUAACAAAUAAAUAUCUAUUUUCUAACAAUCUAAUUGACCUGUUUCAUACAGCUGUGGCAAUUGAUACUCAAAUCUGACGUUAGAUGAGAGAUGAAAUUUAUGACCUCUUACAAACAGACUUCUAAACUCACGCAAAAGACAUAAUUACAUAUUUAAGUUCCCCCUUUCUUCUUACAUUUUUAGAUUACAAAACUAAUUUACUACGAAUUAUAGAAAACUAAUUGCCUGUAUGGAGUUGCUUCUAUGUGUUGUUAGUAGUUUGUUUUAAAGGUUCAUAAACUAAACCCACACCUUGUGACGUCACGAGUUUAACUGUCCACUAAGAGCACGAAAAAUUAUUAUUUUUCAUCUAAUACUGCAAAAUAUUUCUCAAACAAUAUUGAGAGAAAAGCUGCCACGUUUACAGUUCGAGAAUCAACCAACAGAUCAGGGAUCUGUUCUUAAAUGUAUGCAUUUGUAUUUAUUCUAUUAUAUUAAUACCUUAUGUCACAUUCAGCAUACAUUCGAGAACAGUGCAUAAAAUGUUCACAAAAGAAUUUUUGUUCUUUGGCAAAUAUACCAACCAUAUGGUUAUUAAAUGUCAGAGGCAAAUUCGAGUUAUAUAAAAAAAAACGAUUUUUAUUAGGUAUUUAAAGAAUAGACUGUCACAAUCACACGCUAAUAAAUGUUUUACAUCAAAAACUAUUUGAUACAACUCAACUCAGUAUAAUUAAAUUUUUUAAUUUUCACUCUGAUUUUUUACUGCACUUCUGAUAUUUCUGGAACUAGCCUCGGACGUUGAACAUAAUAAUUAUUUCAUUUAAUUAUUUACAAUGAAAAAUUUUGGACAAAUUUAAAAUCUUGUAAAAUUGACUGGACGCAAAUAUCUUCCUUGAUUAUGGAAGUUAAAAAAAAAUAUUGGUAACUCAUUCAAAAUCUUCAAACUCUUGGGUUUGAUCCGUCUUUACUAAGGAAAUAAUAAAAGUUAGUAAGUAUUCAAUAUAUACGAGUAGGUACUGGUCAAUAAAAGUCUUAAAUGAAUUGGAUCAAAAUGACAAGGUUUUCAAGACUUUGAAUGUCUAUAAGUUUGGUUUUUAUAAACUAAAUAUAAUAGAUUUCAAUAAGUACCUAAUGUAGGACCAUAUAAAUACUCUAUAGGAUUUGUCUUUUUUUAGUGCUAAAUUUACAUAGAAGAUGGGUAAUUGAAUAUUUUGGCAACUUUGACAUAUGACUUAUAAUGAAUGUAUAAUGCGUUGCAAGAUACGAGAAUAGAUUGACAUUAAACUAGCCUUUGAUAGAUGGUGCUACUUGAUACCAAAUUGUUUUCGGUGUUGAUAUUUGCCAUUCAUGACAUGACGUCUGUCAAAAUUUUAAGUUUUAAAAACAAUUAGUUUGGUUUUUACAGCCGUCAAAAGAAAGCAAAUUUUGUGUUUUCAGAGAAAUGGAAAAAGUCGAGUACCGUUCGGUGAUUAAGUUCCUCCAUAAAAAGGGUAAAACGAAUAUGCAAAUCAAAGCCGACCUGGACGAAGUUUAUGGUGAGGUUGCACCUUCGUUAGCAACAGUAAAAUUUUGGAAAGCUGAAUUUGUUCGUGGUCGUAGAGUGUUUUUGAUGAUGAGCGUCCCAGGAGGCCAAAUGAAGUCACCACGCCGGAAAAUGAUCAACAAUGUCCAUGACAUGAUUAUGGCAGAUCGUCGAAUUAAGCCCCGCGAGUUAAUAGAGGUCCUAAACAUUUCCUACGAACGCGUACACAACAUCAUUCACAAUCAUUUGGACGUGAAAAAGUUAUCCUCGUGAUGGGUGCCGCGUUUGCUGACAAUCGAUCAAAUGCAAAAACAUGUGACCACUUCGGAGAGGCUUUUGGUGAUGAUAGGGCACGAUCUGAAGGAUUUUUUUCGCCGAUUUAAUAUCGUUAAUGAAACCUGGGUGCAUUAUUACACACUGGAAACCAAAGAACAGUCGAAACAGUGGCGCAAAUGCGGCGAAGCUCCGCCGAAGAAGGCAAAUAGUGCACAUUCGGCCGGCAAAGUGAUGGCGAUUGUUUUCUGGGAUGCGAAGGGCCAUCUACAUCGACUACUUGGAAAAAGGAAAAACACUCAAUGGUGAGUACUACGCAGCAUUAUUGGAUCGAUUCGAUGCCGAAUUGCGUCCAAAACGCCCUGGUUUGGAACGCAAAAAAGUGCUCUUUCACCAGAAGAAUGCACCGGCACACCGAUCGGCCGUCGCCAUGGGAAAAUUACACGAAUUGGGCUAUGAAUUGGUUGAAUAUCCACGGUAUUCCCCAGAUCUUGCCGCCAGCGAUUUUUUCCUGUUUCCAAACCUAAAAAAAUGGCUCGGAGGAUGGCGUUUCGCAACAAAUGAUGAAAUCGUCGCUGAAACUUCGGCCUAUUUUUGAAGAGCUCGAGCAAAAG